UACCUGGAGUGAGAGGCAAGGCUGGACCGAAAGGAGAAAAAGGCAACAUUGGAUUGCGAGGUUUUGUUGGAUUGAAAGGAGAACGAGGUGACGUAGGACACAAAGGUGAAAAUGGAGUAAAAGGAGAAGUUGGUCGUAGAGGAGAUCAAGGUAUUCAAGGUCCAUUGGGUCCAAGAGGUUUACAAGGAGUUAGAGGAUUUCCUGGAUACAAAGGAGAGAAAGGCUCACAAGGUUUGCAAGGCAUUCCUGGAUUAACUCCACUUUCUGAAAUAAAGAAACUUGAAAGUUUGGUAACAAGAUUGUACAAUGAACUGAAGGUUCCCAGGGUUCCAGUUGGUGAUGAAGCUGAUACAUGCAACAUGAGCACAUUAGGUUAUUUGUUCUACCACAGUACUAAUAAAUCUUUGCUGUUUUGUGAUUCUGAGCAGUGGGUUGAGAUAUGGUGGAAAUCAUACGAAUCUUGUUCUGCUGUUGAACAUAAGAUCAACUCUAUUCAGUUUGUGCAGAGAGUCAAGUCUCUCUCACCUGUAAAGGUUUAUUGUGAUUAUUCUGUGAUCUCUAGUGGGUGUGCUCUUGUGUGGAAACACUCAUAUUUUCAAGUUGGAAAUCCAACUGAUGACAUGCGUACUUUCAGUUCAGUCGAUCGUCCAUGUACUGAUCUGUCUGAUGGUUGGUGUAAUGUGGGUAAGAAGGAUAAUGUUGCUGGUAAUGUUCAAUUGACAGUUGCUUAUCACGAAGGACAAGUUGUGUAUGCAUAUCGUGGUGAUCGUAAUUCUGAAGUGGGAAAGUCAUGGCGUGGAGCAAUACUCAACAAUCCAGUCAAAAUUACAGAUCAUUGCAAUCAAGGAAAUGGGAUUCCUCCAGAGCCAAGUAUUGAUUCAUCUGGAAUACCGGGAUUGACAUUUGACAAACUGAGGCCAGGUGUGUACACUGGUAACUGUGAUACAGAUAAUUACAAGAAUAUGAGAGACUGUCGCUGGGAGAAUUGUUACUUACCUUCAUCUAUCUCAUCCAAAACAAAUCAUGUACAAAUGACAGUUGCUAUAUUUCUUUGUUGACUUUGCCCACAGCACUGCAUGGGGUAGUUGCAUGUUGAUCUUGUUGCAUUGUAUGAAAUGUAGCAUUUAAUAUUGUGAACCUUGGGCUUUCUUGUCAGGACUUCACAGCAUCAUUUGCUUUUGUUGUGUUUCUGAUUUCCAACCAUAAAAGUUUAUUGCAUGCAAAAUUGCAAUAACAAAUUGUUUUUGUAUUGCGUUGUAGCUUACAUCGUAAAUGGUAGUAGACAGCUAUUUUAUU